UCUUGCUCUUGUUGAUCGGCCCGCGGGGUGUUCUCGCCAUGCUCCCGACAUCUCGCCAUGCUUCGAUGUGGAUCUCUGAGAAGCGUCUUCGAACGAAAACAUCGGAGCCACUGCGUGCUGACAUUUUGUCGACAGUGGCCAACGAGAUCUACUUCGAAGCCUUUGCCUCACAACUCUCUGUCGUGGAUCUCACAAGAUUGGCCACCGUGAACGGACGUUAUCGAGCCUUGCCUUGGCCACGUUUGGAAGCUCUUUGGGGUCCGCACUGCAAGCUUCAGGACCUCUCGCAGGACGAACGUGGCUACCUGAUGCGCUUUUUGGUGUCAGGCUUGCGGGAAGCAGCCAUGGUGGCCCCACUGGCAACGGCCUUUGUGAUCUCCAACUUGAUCGAAUCAGAUUCAGAUCUAGAGGUACUCGGGCAGGUGAAGGUGACGGCCAGCCAAGUGUUGUCAGACCUGGUCCACAAUGCAUUGCCGACGGUUCAGAAAGUGGCUCUUGAAGCGAUUCACACCGCCUGUGAUUGGCACUGUGACCCAUUAGAAAUUGGUAACAGCACUGCAGUGCCAGCCAUCAUUUCGGUCACAGAAUCUGGAUGCCAUGAAAACAGGCUGGCAGCCGUGAAUGCCAUUUAUUGGCUUUCAGAAAGCUGCCCUGAAAGGCUCAAGAUCGCGAUUCCACUGCUUGUAGACUUUUUGGGGCAUUGUGAUUUCGAUAUGAAGAACGCAGCUGCAUCUGCCUUGUGGUUCUUGCUUCUGAACCAUGAGCGGCCUGCUGAAUAUGCACAAACGGCUUGUGAGCAUGGCUGCAUCCCUCUCUUGAUUUCCGAAUUACAUGACCAAGAGAAGAGCAACUCCAUCGAACUGCAGACGUGUUUGUUUUGCCUGGAGUCUUUGAUGAAGGUCCCAACGAUCCGCCCCAUCGCUUUGCAACAUGGUCUUUUGCCGGAGCUGCUUCGAUGCUUGGUGAACGAGGAAGACCGGAUAUUGCUGGAGUGUACCUUGGGGCUGCUUCAGACCUGCCAGGCUCAGCUCCCGAAAGCCUUGUUGGCCCAGAACCGCCCCUGGCAACGAGCCAUUUUGCAGAAGCUGCUCCUGGUGGCGCUGAAGGGCGUGGAUUCCAGCCACAGCACGGAUCGUGGGAACAGCACUGUGGCGCGGCAGUUGCUUGAGCAUGUGGAUCUUGUUGAGGUCUCGCUCCGGCCAUUGUUACAGGAAGUGGGUUACACGAACUCAAACUGAGUUCCAGCAGAUUUGUUGCGUGUCUCGUUGUCUCCAGGGGGGCAUGUGUCCCACAUGCAUGGGAGAGUUUGCUGGAGAGAAAACAGGUCAUGCACUCUGGAACAUAGCAGAUGUGGGUAAGAUGUGGGAAGAUACCCAUCCUGAAGUGCCAAAUGUUCGCAGAAAAGGCACAGGGGUUUGUUUGCUGGUCUUGGAUGCACAACGCAGGGCGGGAACAAGUACAAGGUUCGGUCCUGCAACGAGGUUCUCCAGUUGACCCAUGACGCCGAG